GCCAUCUUCCCACCCAUGUGGCACGCUUCUGAUUCGCUGCAUGCACUUCAUGAUUCACUGCUUUUAUCCCGCCUUCACUGCUCUUAUCCCGCCGGGCUUUGGUCCGUGGUUUUCCCGCUUUGCUGUAGGAGCGGGCUUCACCAUAGCCUGGUGGACAUCCCUUGCGCGCUUUCAAGGUGGAAAGACUCCAUCGAAUAAGCUCCGUGUGUUUUCUUUAGCAUCGGGGCUGUAGGUAGGUUUGGGUUUGACGAUUCGUGGACUAGCUACGAGGCCACGACAUGCUGGGUUUGUUGGAAAGAGUAUAAUUAGCCCAGAAGCAUCAUUGGAGUCUGCAAUAUUGAAAUCAGCUCCACUGAUCCGGCAUUUUCGGUUCCCAAUUAGCCCACGAGGCAGUGCAACUCUGCCUGCAUGUGCCGUACCCACAAAGCGUACUGUGAAGCCAGGACCAUAGCUGCUGUCUUCGAGCGAGCUCGCAAAGCCUCAAUAUCAAGCAAGGCCACCUGUGGCGAAUAUGCUGGUCUGCUGUUUCU